GUCUAUAUAAUCUAUGGUGACAAAAUUGACAUUUCAUCAAACCACGGGAUUGGGAAUGUGAUUAUUUAUUUUUCUAAUUUCUACGUGAAUAUAGACUUUAUCAUUAAAAAUUUACAGUGUCAGAUGAUUUUAUCGCUGAUUACACACGCAGAAAGUUGAGAAACUGUUUCGCACGAAGUGGAUUAUUGUCGUGUCAUUUCAAUCCGGACGUCAUUGACUGUCGUGAUAAGUUUGGUGAAAAAAUUGUGUUUUGUGUAGAGAAAUUUAAAAAUAAGAAAGUGUCUUGAGGGCCGGAGUAAUGGCAGAGACGAGCGAAGCGCGACCAAGCGCGUCGGCGCCCGGGGGAGACGCCGGCGGCGAAGAAGACAAGCAUGAUGAGAGAAUGCUGGAGUGUAACAUCUGUCUGGACACUGCGCGCGACGCCGUCGUUAGCAUGUGCGGACAUCUCUUCUGUUGGCCAUGCCUUCACCAAUGGCUGGAGACGCGGCCGAGUAGACAAGUGUGCCCCGUGUGUAAGGCAGCCAUAAGCAGGGACAAGGUGAUCCCACUCUACGGACGAGGGAACACCAAGCAGGAGGACCCCAGGAAUAAGGUCCCGCCCCGGCCCGCCGGGCAGCGCACGGAGCCCGAGAACAACAGCGGUUUCCCGGGCUUCGGAUUCGGCGAGGGUUUCCACAUGUCAUUCGGUAUCGGCGCCUUCCCCUUCGGCGUGUUCACGUCUACGUUUAACUUCGGAGAUCCGAGACCAAGCGCAGCACCGCGCGGCACAGCCCAGUACGAGGAGGAGCAGUUCCUAUCUAAGAUAUUCCUGUGGGUGGCCAUCCUGUUUGUGCUGUGGCUGAUAUUCGCAUGACUGGUGGUGGAGCUGUCUCGACCCGUGGCAGCGCCGCCGUGCCUGCCCCACCUGGCUCUGUUCGACUGCCUGUUCCUCGUGUUACUGUUCAAGCUCCACGCGUUGCAGCACUGACGGUGAAGAUAGCAUAGCCGGCUAGACCGGAUAUUUUUUUUCUGUAUUCUUCUAUCUUGUUUAAAUUACCGCGUUUAUUAGUUCGACGUAUCUGGAGCGUGUGCGCUGUUUUUUGUCUGCGUUCCGGCAGUAGCAAAUAUGCGCUUGUGAGCCGAUCGUAUGCGCACUGGUGUAGAAUAAAUUAGUUGGUACGACAUCUCAUGCGACUACACACGCAACAAAUACGGCUAAUGCCUAAAAGCGCCUUAUGUAACUUAUAGCAAUAACCUCUGCAUGUAUCAGAUAGUCUGGUAUCUCACAGGAGACAGAUUCUAACAGUCCGCCCAUUGCACAUAUUAUACAUCUUCAAUGUAGAUAGAACGAUACAUGUAGAAUUUAAAUAAGAUUUAAUUAAAUCUGUAGUAAAGGGAUAUUUGUACUAGAUUAAGGAUGAUAAUAAAAUGUGGAAGCUUCGGUCCCAUUUGUAAAAACUAGGACUAGCAAUUGUUAUAGAAAGCUAUUUUAAAAUAUUAUAAACAUUCAACACUCUGUUCUUAAGGUUCAAAAUAUUUUUCAUUACCCGCAUAUAUUAUUGAAAUACAGCAUAGAUUAUUUAAUCACCGUUACUCUUCCUGUCAUCUAUAAUGUAGUACAAAAUGUUAUAAGUUUGGUAGUGAGCCUUCUUCGUGGCUAGGUUUUUGGGAAAAUAAAAAAAAAUUACAGAAUUUUGCCAAUAAGUCGAAUAUUGGACAAAAACGUUGGAUCAUCUAAUGGUAUAUAAUUGCCUAUACCCAUAAAUAUGAGAGGAAUUGUGGGCGCGGUACCCAUAUUCGAGAACGAAUAGUUAUGAAGUCCAGCGGCAAUCUCAAAUUUAUCGUAUUCUUUCACUCUUAGUUGUCACAACAGAUUAACGUUUCGCCUUCCUAAACCAUUGGUAAUUCUAAAAUGUCCGCAAAAUCUUGUAAUAUAUAGAAAUGUGUUGUUCGGCGUUUGAGCUUCACCGGGUCUCUAUAAAUUGUAUAUAUUUAUCGCACGCGACAAAGCGGGCACGUCGCGAUGUCUAUUUUUUCCUCCCUAUCGGAAGUACGUUUCUUUUUUUUUCGUUGCCGUUAGACCACUUUAAAAUCGGUUAGUUUUUAUUUCUUGUGUAUACUUGUUCUAUGACUUUUGUAACUAAUGAAAAUAAUAUCUACGAGCGUUAUACUACUGCGAAAAGUUAUUAUUAGUUUAUAAGUACAAUAGUAAGCCAUACACGCUACGGUCUACCGGAGAGGUCAUCUGUGCAGGUAUGCCUGCGCAGGUAUCAAUUGAAAGAAUUGAUUUUCGAUCCUACGCCGGUCGCCUGCACAGGCUCAAAAAUCUGCACAUCCCAUCCCAUCCCACACACAUUUCGGUCUACCGGCGUAGGCAUACCUGCACCGGUGGACCUUUCCGAUGGACCGUAGCAUGUAUGGCAGCCAUUAGUGCUUGAAAAAUGUUAAAUACUUCCUAGCUCCGUUGUUUUAUCACAAGGUAUUUAUUUUAAUAAUUCACUUAAUUAUGGCAUUAGAGGUAUCUCUAAAAGAAAUCUGUAAUGGUCUCAAACCUAAUAGAAUUACCGACAGAAAAAAAAUGCUGAAGCCCUGAAGGAAUAAUAAGAAACGCAGUUCCAAUGCUUUUAAUUUUCCAAAAACAAAGGUCAUAACAAAAUCUCUAAAUCCUCUUUAUUGAGUCUAGUAAUCUGCUAAUUCUACCUGGAGCAUAUUAUAAACUCUAAACGGUGCAAAUGCACCUGACAGGUUAAAAUAACGCUACAAAAACUUUAGUACAUAGUAACUGGCAAGUGGUUAUUACCAUCGUUGAUCAAAGUUGGAUUUGUACAAUUUAAUUAAGUACUAUGGAUGAAGAAUAUGGGCAAGAUACAGAAAAUACACAAACGCAGACGCAGAAUUCUCAAGUAGAAUGGAGUCAACAAAACACUCCGGGACAUUUUCCAAAUAUCUGGGGAAGAUUGUAUUUAAUAACACAUUAUGAUAGCGAGUUCGAAAACUAAAUUGUUUAAAAGCGGACUUAGAUAUUAGUCACGGGGGCAGUGACCCCCUAAAGCAAGCACAGGCUUCACAAUUUUUAUUCCCUAUUUAAAUGUGCCUAAUAAAAUUUUAAGACAAUAUCGUGUAAUUAUAUUUUGAUUUGUAUAAAAAACGUAAAGCACUUUCGCUUAUAAUAAAUAUUUUGUUUAAAGACAGCACUGUUUAAUAUAAAUAAUUCGAUAGCUUAAAAAAUGUAAAUUGGAUUCAGGGGAUAAACUAAUGUAAACAAAUCAUACCGUCUUUUGAAUUCGAUUUUAUUGUUGGAUUCUAACAAGGACUUUAUAAAAAUAUAAUUAUUUACGGAUUUUUUCGCCGUUAUUAAUAUUUUUAUUUUCUCCCAAUGUUUCGAAGCCUGCAGCCUUCAUGGUCAUGCGGGGCUAAGGUGUCGGUCGUCCGAAAAGUCAAAGUUACAAUAUCUACCUACAUUUUAUAAUUACUUUAUUAGAAAACUAGGUAUUCUUUGUUUACAUUAACUAUUUCCCUAAUGUUAUAAUAAUUAACGGUAGUUAAAGGUUUUAUGAGCAACUGUAAAAUAUGUUUAGGGUAGUAAAAUACGUUGCCACUGGACCACAUUAAGGGUGUAAAAUAUUGAUGCAACUAUUGUUUAUACAUCUAUUUCUUUUUUCUUUGUAGGGGAAUACUAAAUCUAUUUUGAUGGUGUUAAAAUCUGUUUUCAAUCAAUUACGACGAAGAUUUCCUGCAGUGUAUUUUAAAAGCAGUUUUAGUUUGUUUCAAAUUUGUAUACCUCCUGUUGAAAAAAUGUCUCUAACAAGCCAAUACAAAAUAAAAACAAAACAAAUUUAGUAUACAUAGUAUCAUUAAAUACGUAGGAUACUGAAAAUUUUUAAUUUUAUACAUUAGUAUUCAAGAUGGUUCAUAAAACGUAAGAAAUAGUAAACUGAGGUUUAUAAUAUUAGUAGUAUUAAUUGAUUACUGCUAUUAAUAUUGAUUGAUUACUGCUACCGGUAACUGUAAUCAUUUAGAAAUGUAGUUUUUGUCGUUAAAUUAUUUUAAGAAUGCAAUACCAUCAAAAUAGAAAUUAUCGCCCGUAUUCAUAAACGUUAUUUAUCUAAGAGCGGAGCAAUGCUGUGAUAACAAGUUUUUUAGUGCUGACGGUAUGGCAGCCUUCGCAGUGCGUAGAUAUAGGGCCGUUGUGAUUGGCUAAUAUUGAGAUACAACAAUAUUAGCCAAUUACAACGGCCUUAUGUUUAGAUAAAAAACGUCUAUGAAUAAGGGGGUAUAUUUCUAUCAAUUUGUCUUCUUAUUGAUAUGUAAGUGUUUGUGCGCAUGGAUUUAUGCAGGUUCAUGUCCAUUACGGAAAAUAAGAUAACUAUGUCAAAUAACCAAAUUAUUAAUGGCCAUGAGUGAAAAACAACAAUCGAUUGAUUGAUAAUAAUAUCUAAAUUGGUCAUGGAAAUAUAUCUUUUUUUAAUUGUAUUAUUAAUUAUACAAUAUAUUAGUGUUAUCAAUAGGAGAUCUUUUUAUCCAUUGUUUUGUUUUCUCUAACACAUAUAUUUUGAAUACAGCAUGACCUCCAUUUUAAAUUCGUGUCUAAACUCAAAGUCGCUGUACAGGCAGAAUUAGAGACUAUGAAGCUUUGUCAAAAUUGUAUGUAAUUCAAAUAUCUCAUUUAAAAGUCGAGAUAUUGGAGUGACCUCGAUGUAUUGAAUCCAAAAUUAUUUAUGAGGAAGACAUUUGUUUAGUGUUAUGAAGUUUCAGUAUAGUUGAGUAGCCACGAACACUGGUGCAAGGGCCGAUAUUUAAUGUUACAGGAUGUGUUUGAGUGUAAAGUACGAGACGCCAAUUUCUGUGCCCGAUUUGAAGUUAGUUGCGAGCCGCGUACACAUUAUUUUCAAUAAUGGUAGAGGGCGGAUUUUUUUAAUGCUUUAAUUUUGGGGUCGCUUCCAAUAGGUUGAUCUGGAAAUCUUUAGGGCAAGGCCCAUGUUCAGCAGUAGAAAUCCUACGGCUGAUAGGAUGAUAGGGCGGGUAAAACGACUAAGUUCAGAACGGUUGUAAAUUUGGCGUUACGUAUACCUACUUGUUCUAAUAUAAUUUUAAAAUAUCAAGACAUAUUUAACCCACUCCUUAAAAUCACAUUUACAUAAUUGUUUGUACUAAGUAUUUACUUUAUGUUUCUAGACCUUUCUUCUGUAAUUUUAUAUUAUAUAAUGUUAAAAAAAUAACACGUAAAUGUUAUAAGCAGCGUAAGUUCUGAAGUGUCUGUUCCGAUUCAGUCUAGGCAAAUUAAACAUGCAAUCCCGUAUUGACUAAUAGUUAUAAAUAUUGGUAUUCAACACUUUUGACCUUAAAAUAUUUAUGAGUUACUUCCGUAGCCAAAACGUACUCAGUUAGAGGUAAUGGGGCGCGGUUCCCCAAAGCUGUGCCUUGUCUUAUUCGCCGUCAAACUGCGGGUGUAUUUAUAUGUGAGUAGAAGAUUAUGAUUUUUUUAAAAUUUAUUCCGUAACUGCCGAUUGCAUCCAGGAAUUCAGGUAUACAAAUUUGAAUAAUAAAUCAAAAACUAGUUGGGAAGUGUAAUUAUCGCCUUAUACUUUACUUUUACUUUACUUGAAAGUGUUAUGUCGACCACUGCCGAGAAUUCUAAAAGUAUGUUAACUAGAGAUACUUGUUUAAAUGGCUCGGUUUUGAUAGGGAUUUAGUUUUUGUAUAAAGACUUGAGCUGCGUAUCAUCCAUACCGAUAACUGCUUUUAACCCGUCGUCGUCAUAACUAAAUAUGCAAAAAUGUUUAUGAUCAUGUUUUUAUUAUAUAUAUUUGAGACUAUCGUGGAGAGUAAAGUUGAUUCUGCAGGCACGAAGUACUUUCCGGGUCCCUAGGAUAUCUAGUCUGAAAGAUCUCACGCUAGGGCCAACAAAUUUUACGUUCUUGACUGAAUUUCUAAGUGUAACUUUGUUUUAUAAUCUUCUUCGAGAAAGUUCAGUCUCGACCGACCGAAUCCCAUCCCUAUUUUGUGCCUACAGAAUCAAUACAAAUGGGUAAUGUGAAUUCUAACCACAAAUAAAACACGAGAUAACCUUCAUUCCUUAAGAUAUUUAUUAAGACGGUAAAUGAUCGGAAUUGCUUCAUGCAUCGAAAAAUUUUGUACUGUAAAAUACACAGUAAGUGCUGGCAACACCUAAUUGUUCAUAAUUCAAAAUAUUGCUGAAGGAGAAUGUUGUAGAUUGUGGGCAUGUAUAAUUACGUCAUCUAAAUUAUAUCUUACACAAUACAGUGUCUGUGGACAUUGGCAUGGCGGCCCUAAUCGAUGCGAGGAUCCAGGCGAAAGCAAAAAAAAAUGAUGCGAGGCUCCAGGCGGAGCAAAAAAAAUGUUUUCCGGUUUUAACAGUUUCUUCGGUAAGCUCGUAAAAAAAGGUCCUCCAAGGCUGCGCGCGAGGCCUCUUUAAACGCGCGGUCCCAGGCGGUUGUGCGGUUCGCCUCCUCCAACAGCCACCUCUGUCUGUAGAGAGUCUCUUCAACUAGUCACAGCUUGUAUCAAUAUCUAUUGAUAGCCUUGGAUCACCUUAGACUUAAAGAGCCAAUGAUGUUAAGCAUUUAAUAGAAGUUUCAACUCCGAAAUAUUUUUUUUUUUCACAUGUAUUACUGAAUAAAACAUGAUUUUAUUUGUUCCGAAUGCGGCGGUGCCGUAACGUUAUAUAGAACUUACAAAUUGGUACGUUAUUUUGUUAAUAUUAAUAUAAGUGUAUAUAAUAUAUAUUGUACGUCGGAAUAAAUUGUGAUGGGAUGGUAUGAUUAAUUGUAAAUUUAAAUACAUGUUACGCUGAA